AGGCGCGGUAGCCAAGGUCGAGAAUGCGCUGGACAGCUCGUCGCUGCUCGGGCGGUUCCGGUUCGGGCAGUCCGCGGAGCGGGUCCAAGGCAACUUGCUGCAGUGUGCCGAGUCCAACCUCGGUUCGUUCCUGCUCAACACGGCCGAUUUCGGCACGAGUCUCGCGUCGCUGCCUGUCGCGCGGCGCGCGUUCGAUGAGCCGCGCAGUUUGAACUCGACUUCCAGUGGUUCUGUUUGGGCGAACCGCUCGUUGGCGGAUACGACUCCUCGGUUCGCAUCCAACGACUCUUAUGUUCAGGAACUAGAAGCCAGGUACUGGGAGCAGCUGGAUCGCCGUGCGGGUGCUGCUUGUGUGUGGCAGGUCAAAGCCGCCAGCGACCUGAAGAUCAGCUCGACGACUUACCGUGCGCUGUGCAAAGCGGGGAAUCUGAAUAUGGAGUACCCGAACUCAUUCCUCAGUCCGACAUCGACGACGACUGUGGAUUGGAACACCUGUGUGUCGAAUGCCGGGAAGGCCGAUGAAGGCAAAUGCCAAUGCGAUCACUUGUUUGAACCCAAUGAGUUCACCAAGACGCUUGGCGCCUUGUCAAAGGCCGAAAAGGCGGAUCUCUGCAAGCUGAGUAUCUUCGACACUAGUACGAGCGCAAUCACCAAGGUCCUCAACGACAAGUCCAACUUCUGUGGUCUCUGGGGAGAUGUUGACAAGGGCGCCAACUUUAACCCGAACUCGGUCAAGUCCGCGUUGCUGCAGUCGUUUGGUGACGAGAAAGCGCUGAAGUCUGCUUACAAAAAGUACACUGACGCGGGACGCAAGCUCAUGUACAGUGUUGCUGACGACCACAUUCAACGGUUCAAGACCGAGCGAGCAACCACGGGUGACAACAUUGAUACGCUUCUGCACACUUGGCGUGCGACCGUGGAGGCUUCGGGCAGCGACUCGCAGAAAGCUGCGUUCAAAAAGAUCUAUGCGCCCAAUGCGGAUGGGACGAAGAGAUCGACGUACAAGGCGGCUGCCGACGCCAACACAGCGCGGUCCGCGAAAACUCUAGGCAAGCUGAAAGCCAACGACGCUGCGGUCAACAAGCCUGCGCCGGCUGCCGAUGGCAGCACCUCGACCGGCGGCAAGAGCACACCCAAGGCGCCCAAGAACGGCUCUGGCGACGGGUCGACUGCGAGCACUAGCUCCGGGAACAGCAAUGCUUGUGGGUCCAGCAGCACGAAGCUGGGCAAGCGCAAGCGGUCGCCUUGAAAAGAUCAGACCAACAGCCGCGUUAUAUUAUAGCACUAAUACGCACAUACCCGCACGCUCCUUGUAUCAUAUCAUACAUACAUAACUCUCUUUUACAUCUCCG